AUGCUGGAGUCAAUUAUUGAUACAAUAUGCAGUUGUUGCUACCCAAUUUGGGAUCAUUCAAAUUCAUAUAUAACAGUUAAUGGGAGGAAAUACAGAUUAAACGGAUUGUUAAGUGAAAAUACUCUAUCUUUCACAUAUAUGGUUUCUAUUCAAAAUGCAUCAAGUAGUGUACUGAUAGAUCAGGAUUUCGACACUAAUAGAUUGGUAUUAAAACAGAUCAUUUGUCCAUUUGGAAAUAUUGAGAAUAUAUCAGAUGCCUUGACAGAGAUUAAGAAUUAUAAGACUUAUAAUUCUAAAUAUAUUAUAAAAUACAUUGAUUCUGAAGUUCUGCAAAGUUAUGAUGGUUCUAAAACCGUUGUAAUUCUUUUACCUUAUUAUCCCAGAGGGCCUCUCAAAGACUUACUUAGUCUUAAUAUUUUAAAUGGAGUAAGUAGUAUGUCAGAGAAAGAAAUAGUAAGGUUGAUGAUUGGUAUAUGUAAAGGAUUACUCAUAUUACAUGAUCCAACUACAAAUGAGGAGUUUCAAGAUGAGGAAGAUGAAACAAGUUCAGUUUUUAUGGAAAUCGAUCGAGAUGCAGCUUCAUAUUUAAUUGAUACUCCUUUGGAGAUGGGUUUGUUAUCAUCUCCAAGGAGUAGCUUUGGUUCUUUGAUACAUUUGGAUAUCGAGCCUUCUUCUAUUUUACUCUCAAAUGAAGGUACUCCUAUUAUAUCACAGUUAGUAUCUAUAUUUUCUAAUGAUAUGGAGUUUAAAUCUGAUGUUGAUGUUGCUAGAUUCAAAGAAUGGGUAUCGUGUCAUUGUAAUAUAUAUUAUACUGCACCUGAAGUGAUUAAUAUAAAGAAGAAUUCGAUGAUUGAUUGUUCAGUGGACAUUUGGUCUCUUGGUUGUGUUUUGUACACACUGAUGUUUGGAAUCUCGCCAUUUGAUAGAGAAGAACAGAUAAAUGGUCUGUCUUUGCAGCAUAAUAUCUCUAAUGGGCUGUAUAGUAUCCCUCAAGAUGCCCCAUAUUCACAGGCUUUAGUAGACAUUAUAAAAUCUUGUUUGAAAAUUGAUGCAAUUUUAAGACCAACAACUAAUGAGUUACUGACUCAAUUACAAACUAUAUCAAUUUGA